AUGUCUGUAGCAUUUGCAGCACGCGGAAAUCGACCUCCUUUGAGCCCGGCGCAAAUUCAAAAGAUGUUAGAUGAAAAUGCUCAUCUAAUUCAAACUAUUCAAGAAUAUCAAUCAAAAGGUCAACUUAUGGAGUGUCAUCAAUAUCAACAAGUUUUACACAGGAAUUUAGUUUAUUUGGCGUCGGUUGCAGAUGUAAAUCAAAACAUUCAAAGCAUACUUCCGCCUCCUCAUCAACUGGCAGCUGGCAACUCACAAGCACCUCCAAUUAAUUCACCUUCUCCUAGUGGUGGUGAUGUGUCAGGGGGGCCUCAAUCUUCUUACAGACCUCCCGGAGUGUCUACAACACCAACAAGACCCACACAAUCUUAUGGUCAAAGACCAUAUCCGCAAAAUCAGUACCAAGGUCAAUAUCAAGGUGCUCCAGGUGGGUAUCCUCCGCAACCUGGUUAUGGACCACCUAGUCAAGGUUAUGGACCUCCUAAUCCUCCUCAACAGCCACAAGGUUAUCCUCCAAAUUCAAACUAUGGUCCUCCUAUAACAACUACUCCAAGUAAUUAUCCACCAUCUACGCACCCAGGCCCAGGGUAUCCACCAUCAUCAGCGCAGCAACCUUAUGCACCACCUCCUGGCAGUCCUGCUGCUUCUGGAACACCCUAUCCUGUGCGUGGUGCUUCACAACCUGCUUAUACUGGUAAUUCAGCCUAUCCACCAUCACAAACAGGUUCAAAUUAUCCCAAUGUAGGUGUUAGCACUUAUAAUAAUUCUACUGGCUCUCAACCUCAACCAUACCAAUCCCAACCUUUUCCUAAUACUACACCAACAUCAGCUUAUAGUACUACUCCUACAUCACAGCCAAAUCGUUCUCCACAACCACCACCCACUGGUUAUUCAACACAAAACCCACCCACUUCUGGUUAUGGAUCUCCAUCAGCUCAAUCCCCUACAUAUAAUUCUAGUUCGCAUAAUAAUGCCCCUCCAACAUCAGUGGCGUCUGGGGCGCCAACAUCAGGUGGACCUCCAGGUCAACAGUACCCCCCACCUGGACAGGCUUCUCCUUACCCACCAGCAACUCAGCCUCCUUACUCCAACCCUUCAUCGCAACCAGGAAGUCCUGCGCCAUCAGUUUCUACAGCGCCACCUCCACAAGGGUCAUAUCCUCAAAAUCCCCAAAAUUAUCCUGCUGCAGGAGGUGGUUAUCCACCUCAUGCUUAUCAGCAAGGUUAUCCUCCAGCGCAAUAUCCUCCCUCUCCAUACCCGUACGCCCGUGCUCCAACACCUGGAGCUCCACCUCCUGGUGGUCCACAACCUUAUCCUGGAUAUGGUUUCCAACCACCAACUCAACAGUAA